CGAUGAGGAAGCUUUGGGAAGCUGAGGUGUUCGCUGCGGUGCUCGGGGGCGCGUUCUUCCUGCUGCUGUUAGCACUGGUGGUUCGCCAGCUACUGAAGCAGAGACGGCCAGCGGGCUUCCCCCCGGGUCCCCGGGGGCUGCCAUGUAUCGGCAACAUCUACUCUCUGGCCACCUCAGCUGACCUUCCUCACGUGUACAUGCGGAAGCAGAGCCAGGUGUACGGCGAGAUUUUCAGUUUAGAUCUUGGAGGCAUAUUAACUGUGGUUCUCAAUGGCUAUGAUGUAAUAAAGGAAUGCCUUGUUCAUCAAAGUGAAAUUUUUGCAGAUAGACCAUGCCUUCCUCUCUUCAUAAAAAUGACAAAAAUGGGAGGCUUACUCAACUCCAGAUAUGGCAGAGGAUGGAUUGAUCACAGAAGAUUAGCUGUAAACAGCUUUCGCUACUUUGGAUAUGGUCAAAAGUCUUUUGAAUCUAAGAUCUUAGAAGAAACUCAGUUUUUUACUGAUGCUAUUGAAACUUACAAAGGCAGACCUUUUGACUUUAAACAAUUAAUAACAAAUGCUGUUUCAAAUAUAACUAAUCUUAUCCUUUUCGGAGAACGAUUUACUUAUGAAGACACUGAUUUUCAGCACAUGAUUGAGUUAUUUAGUGAAAAUGUAGAACUAGCUGCCAGUGCCUCAGUCUUCCUGUAUAAUGCCUUUCCAUGGAUUGGCAUCUUACCUUUUGGGAAACAUCAACAACUAUUUAGAAAUGCAGAUGUGGUUUAUGAUUUUCUCUCCAGACUUAUUGAAAAAGCGUCAGCCAACAGAAAGCCUCAUUCACCUCAGCAUUUUAUUGAUGCUUAUUUAGAUGAAAUGGAUCAGGGCAAAAGUGAUCCAUUAUCUACUUUCUCCAAAGAAAAUCUAAUUUUCUCAGUCGGUGAACUGAUCAUUGCUGGAACUGAAACAACAACCAAUGUGCUACGCUGGGCAAUGCUUUUCAUGGCCCUUUAUCCAAACAUUCAAGGACAAGUUUGGAAAGAGAUUGAUUUAAUUAUAGGCCCAAAUAGGAAGCCUUCUUGGGAUGACAAACGCAAAAUGCCUUAUACUGAAGCAGUUUUACAUGAAGUUUUAAGAUUCUGUAACAUAGUUCCAUUAGGGAUUUUCCAUGCAACCUCUGAAGAUGCAGUUGUACGUGGUUAUUCCAUUCCAAAAGGCACAACCAUAAUUACAAAUCUUUAUUCUGUACACUUCGACGAAAAGUACUGGAGAAACCCAGAAAUGUUCUAUCCUGAGCGAUUUUUGGACAGCAAUGGAUAUUUUUCCAAGAAGGAUGCUUUGGUACCUUUUUCCCUGGGGAGAAGACAUUGUCUUGGAGAACAGCUUGCUUGGAUGGAAAUGUUCUUGUUUUUUACAACAUUGCUUCAGAGGUUUCAUUUGCAUUUUUCACAUGACCUAGUUCCAAAUCUGAAGCCCAGAUUAGGUAUGACAUUGCAGCCUCAGCCCUACCUUAUCUGUGCCAAAAGACGUUGAAAGUACCUAAUCAGUGUAGUAUCUAGAAGAAAGCCACAGUAUCAUAAAGUAAACACAGAUGUGUUAUUAAAAACAGUACUAGAGUAAUAAUAGGCAUUAGUUAUUUUACUUCUAAGGUAGAAUUCUUUGUUGAGUAACAGAUACAAAUUGCAGGUGUUUAAUAAGAUGCUACGAACCAAAAAACAUGGAUGCCCUACUGCUUGUUCAGUACAAAGUUCCUGUCAUCCCUUCCUUACUCUGUUUGUCUUAUGCCUUAGGAAGCUUUGCUUCCAAGUGCUAACUCCUCUCUGAUCAUCUACUGUCAUUAAUAGACUGUAGUACUUGUCCAGCUUAGUAGAAGUUUAAUGGAGAAAUUAAAUUCCAAAUAAAUGAGGAGUUUGUACUACAGAGGCAUUUUAGAUACAAUAGUAGAUAAUAGUAGAAAUACUUACCUAAUGUAGAGCAUGCCAGUCUUCUUCCCUAUAUCUUCAUAAGAUCUACGUCGUUCUUCCUAAAAAUUGAGGAUUGCUGGGGUUCCUAAACAUCCAUCCUAUAGCCAUUGUCUAUUGAAAGUUGCAGUAAACUGUCAUGGGAUUAUUGAUUCUUUGUAGGAACAGCCAUUUAUCCUGCUUCACUUCUUUAUAAAAGCAGUUGUAUGACUUAAAAAUAGAAACAUUUAAUCUUUUAGAGAUUUCUACACAUUUCAAUGGAUUGUUGCAGUUUGAAAGAUAAAAUAUUCCCAUCCAAAAACAUGAUUUAGAGACAAGUUAACUGUAAAUUAGGGUACUUGAGAAUGAUGUAACAUUGUUAUUAAUAAUUAUGAAAAGACAAAAAUGGUAAAUUGUGAUUUCCCUGAAUAAACUGGAAUGCAUAUUCA